CCACACCCACACCCACACCCCCACCCACACCCACACCCACACCCUUUAGACUCAAAUUUAAUUCUUUUAAUUGUUCUUCAAGUGGAUAUAAACAAUUAUUUACAUCAAUAUCUAUAAUUUUAUCUUUAGUUUUUAUUUUAAAAAGAUUUAAUUUUACUUUGAAAACGAAAUCUUGAUAAAACUUUCCAAAAGACAAUUCCAAGUGUAUAAACAUCACAUUUAAGUAAAGAUGUUUCGUCACAUCGAAUAGUUCCAGCUAAAAGUUCUGGAGACACAUAACGAGGUGUUCCAAUCUAUUUAAUUUCAGAUGAAGACUUUUAUUCAAAAGAAAGAGAAAAGAAAGACUUGUUGUUGUUGAUUUAAACUAUAUUAAUAUUGUUGAAUUUGAGUUGACAUAGUAAAAUCACAAAUAACAAUAUGAUCAAAAUCUAAAAAGAAGAAUAUUUUCUGACUUAAAAUCUCUAUGAGCAAUAAGUGGACGUUUAAAUUGAUUUUUAUUUCGAAAAUCUUUACGAAGAAAAUGAAGACCUUCACUAAUUUGUUUUAAUAUUAAUAAAAAAUCUUUUUCAUUUAAAUAAAAUUUUCAAUUAAAUAAUUUUUUAAUGAACCAAAAGAUGAAUACUCAAAUAAAAGAUAAAAUAAUUGAUUAUUAAUUGAAUAACCAAAAUAUUUAAAAAUAUUUUUAUGUGGAAUAAAACGUAAUGAAUAAAUAAUUUUUUCUUGUUCGAAUAAUUGUUUCGAUUGUUGAUCAGUUUCAAAGAUUUUUAAAGCAAUUUAUUUUCAUAAAAACCUUUUUUUAUUCCACAAAAUCUUCUUUUUUUGUUUAAAAACGGAAUAAACCUCCUAAGUCAGCUUAAAAAUGAUCAUCAGCAGAAAUAAGAAGAACAAAUUGAAUACAUUAAUGACAGAAACAGGUGUAAAUUCAUUUGCCAAUAACUCAGUGAUUGCUGAUGAUGAUGAACCAAUGAUUGUGGUGAUGAUCAACGAGUUUAUAGUCGAACAAUCGUUCGAAGCAAGGAUAAAGUACUUAAACCUGUUAACAAUGAACCUAUUGUUGUUGAAAAAGGAGUCCAUGGAACGAUCGUCAUGGUGAAAAGAGCAAAGCAUUACGCUUUUCUCAAACGUAAUGAUAAUAAUCAAUACAAAGACAUAUUUGCUCGAGAAGCAUCGAUCAUCAACCAAUCUCAUCAACGAAAAAAAUUUUUCUUAUCGGAUAAAUGCAAUAGAAGACGAGCAAACUCUCAUAAAAUUGCACGACAAGAUGAUGAAUUCAAAACAGAAGAUAAUAAAAGAAGAGCCGAAGCUCUGAAAAUUGCCCGACAAGAUGAUAAAUUCAAAACAGAAGAUAAUAAAAGAAGAGCCAAAGUUCUGAAAAUUGCACGACAAGAUGACGAAUUCAAAACAGAAGAUAAUAAAAGAAGAGCUAAAGCUCAUAAAAGUGAACGACAAGAUGAUGAAUUCAAAACAGAAGAUAAUAAAAGAAGAGCCGAGGCUCUGAAAAUUGCACGACAAGAUGAUGAAUUCAAAGAAGAAGAGAGAAGAAGAAAUGCAUUAAGAAUACACAGUAAUAGAGAUAAAUACAAAAGUAAUUUUGAUGGCAUGAAAUCAAAUUAUGAAUCAAAAAUAAAAGAAGGACCUACUCAUAUUUGUAGUUGUUGCGGUGGUUUAUGGUUUGAGUAUUCAAUCAGAGAAUAUACAGUUGAGAUGUUAACAAACAAAGGAUUAAAAGCAGAAUUUAUUGAUACAGUUUGUUAUCUAAAACAUGCGAUCAUUAAGUUAUGUGUUACUUGUAGAAAGGACAUCAUGUCCAAUAAGGUACCUAAUCUCAGUCUAUCUAAUGGUUUAGCAUUCUAUGAAGUACCGAAUUGUUUGAAAAUCUUGACUGAAUUAGAAGAAAGAUUAAUAUCACCAAGAAUUCCUUUUAUGGUUAUUCGAAGUUUAGGUUCUUGUAAACAAUUCGGUCUCAAGGGUAACCUUGUAAAUGUUCCCAUAAAUGUUGAUACGAAUGUUUCAGUAUUGCCUAGAAGUUUCAGUGAUACUCACACGAUUCAAUUGAAACUCAUGAGACAAAUGAAAAAUAAAAAUGCUUCUAUGUAUGAAACAAUUCGACCAAAAGUUGUGCAUACUGCUGUAAAAUAUUUGGUUGAGCAAGAGCUGUAUAAAGAUGAAGGAAUUGUGAUAUCUCAUGAUUGGCUGAAAGAAUAUUCUAACGAGAGAGAGAAUUUUAUCAUCGAUGAUGAAGAUAAGGAAUUCGAUGAAAAUGAAAACGUCAGCAAAGAUUUUGAUGACGAGGACAAAUGGAAUGAAUAUGACGAUAAACUAGUCAAUCCAAGUACUACUGCAACAUUAUUAAAUGACGAGAUUGGUGAUAAGAAUGAUAUUGGUAUCAAAUUUGCUGCAGGAGAGAAUAACAGGCCGAUAUCGAUUCUAAUGGAUUUAAAAGUCGAUGAAUUAACAUUUCCGAAAAUUUAUUGUGGCAAGCAAAGAAAAAUCAAAGCGAAUGUUAAAUUAACUUAUGCUAAGAUUGCCAAAUGUGAUCGAUCUUCACCAGCAUUUUGGGAACUAAAAAAGAAAGAAGUUAUGGCAAUGAUCAGGCAAUUAGGAUGUCCAACACUAUUUUUAACAUUAUCAGCAGCAGAAACAAAAUGGUCAGAACUAAUUGUAAUAUUGACUCAAGUGUUGGAAAAUAAAGUAAUAACAUUAGAGGAAGCAGAAAACAUGAGUUAUGAAAAGAAAUGCGACUUGAUAAGAAAUGAUCCUGUAACAUGUGUUCGUUAUUUUGAACAUAGAUUAAAAUGUUUAUGGGAAAUAUUAUCAGCUCCUUGUGGUCCAUUUCAAGGCUAUGAAUUAGUAGACAAAUAUGUCAGAACUGAAUUCCAAGUUCGUGGUUCACCACAUGUUCAUGCUCUACUGUGGUUAAAAAAUGCUCCGAAAUACGACAAAGAGAAACCUGAAUCGAUCGAAAGAUGUACAGAAUUUAUUGAUAAAUUGAUUUCGGUUAGUUCUAAGCCAACGAAGUUUUCUGAAGAACUUAUCAAUUUGCAACGUCAUAAGCACUCACAUACUUGUAAAAAAUAUGUAAAAGAUUGUAUUAAAUGUCGUUUUGGUAUUCCAUAUUUUCCGAUGAGAAAAACGAUGAUUUUAGAACCAUUUAGUGACGAUGAAAAGUUAACUAAGAAAGAACGUGAAGAGAUCAGCAAAAAUAGACAGAAUGUAAUCAAAGAACUUGACAAAAUAUCAAAAGAUCAAGAUAAUUCAUUAACUUUUGAAGAAUUCUUGAAACAUGUAAAUAUGAAUGAAGAAGAAUAUAUUAAAAUGAUUCGAGCUGAAUUAAAAAAAGCGAAAGUAUUCUUGAAACGUGCUCCAAAUGAAAUCAGAAUCAAUGCAUACAAUCCAAUGAUAAUGUCAUUGCACAAAGCAAAUAUGGACAUUCAAUUCAUUCUUGAUCCUUAUGCAUGCUCAAUGUAUUGUGUUGACUACAUUAGCAAAUCUGAAAAUGGAAUGUCUAAGCUUCUAAGAGAAGCAUUAAAUGAAUUAAAAAAAGGUAAUAACACAGUCAGAGAACGUCUUAGAGUUAUUGCAAAUAAAUUUUUGAAUUCAAGUGAAAUUUCAGCACAAGAAGCUGUCUAUCAUAUUUUAAGUAUUCCACUUUCAACCAGCAGCAGAAGUACUGUAUUUAUUAAUACGAAUAGACCCGAAAACAGAAUUUCUAUGGUCAAAUCAGAUGAGGUUCUUCAGAAACUGGAGCCUGAUUCAAAAGAUGUUUUUGUUCAAGGCUUAAUUGAUAUGUAUAUAAAUAGGCCUGAAGAAAUGAAAAAUAUCUGUUUGGCUGAUUUUGCUUCAUUGUAUAAUGUAUCAAAAAAACAAACAAACAACGUUCAGAUUACGGAAAAUUCUGAUGAUGAAGAUGUCAUUGACAAUGAAAUUGAUGAAAAAAGUGUUGCUCUAAAGAUGAAAAAUGGAAAAGGAUGGAUUAAAAAAAGAACAAAGAAAAAAAUAAUAAGAUUCAGAAACUUUAAGCUACAUCAAGAUCCUGAAAAUUAUUACAGAGAGCAGCUGAGGCUAUUUCUACCAUGGAGUAAUGAAGAAGAGGAUCUUAUUUAUAUAAAUCAUGAAGAGACAUUUGAAUUACAUAAAGAUUUGAUUCGACAGAAAAGAUCUGAAUAUGUUCAUCGCGAAGCCAAUGAAUUUGAGCAAGCUUUUGAAGAGCAUAUGGAAAGAGAAAUUGAAAAUGAUAUCGAUGAUACAAAUGUUGAAUAUGAUCAAGAUAAGAAUGAAUUUCUCAUUUAUGAAAUAGGAAAUAAUGAAGGCGAUAUCUUUGUUGAAAUGGGACUCAAUACUCGAAGUGAAAAAGUUGAACAUUUUAAUGUUCCUAAAAUAAUACCAGAUACUGAAUAUCAGGAAAUGAUGAGAAGUCUCAAUAACAAUCAAAGAAGAUAUAUUUUAAAUGUGAUGAAUUUGAUAAAAAAUGGAGAUAAGCAAUGUUUUCAUUUUAUUAAUGGCGGUGCAGGUGUUGGCAAAAGUACUUUGAUCAAAGCAGUAUAUCAAUCGAUACUGAGAUUUUAUAAUUCUCUUCCUGGAUCUAAUCCAGAAACUAUUCAUACUGCAAUCUGUGCGCCAACUGGCAAAGCAGCAGCACUAAUUGAUGGAAUGACAUUGCAUUCAUUUUUAAGUUUACCAGUUAAUCAAUGCAAACAUAAACUCGUUAAACUAGACAGUGAUAUUUCAAAUAGAAUUGGAGUGAAAUUGAAAGAUCUACAAUUACUAAUCAUAGACGAAAUAUCAAUGGUGGGUUUUAAUGUUUCAACACGUCGAUGCACGUCUUAUGAGCAUAAUCCUUAUAUAACUGAAGGUGAUUUUAUUCUUCUUAAAUCAGAUGGUUAUCCAACAUAUCAUUUAGCAAAUGUUAUUGAUGAUCAUUUAAUGAAUAUAACUCAUGUUUUACGUGGUCAUGAAUGGCAAACAUCAACAUCAAAACAUUUACUUCUUUAUAAAGCUUUUAAUUGGUCAGCACCUAUAUAUGGUCAUUUACCAUUACUUGAACGUGAACGUGGAAGAAAAUUAUCUAAACGUGAUCCAGAAAAUGUUAUAAAUCCAAUUGAAAUUGAUUAUUAUCGUCAAAAAGGUUAUUUUCCAAAUGCUAUAUUAAAUUUUAUAACUCUAUGUGGUGGUGGUGGUUUUACAGAUGAAGAUGCAAUUACUGGAAAAACACUUGAUGAAAUGAUAUCAUUAUUUAAUAUAAAAUUAUUUAGUCGACAUGCAGCUAUAGUUGAUUUUAAAAAAUUAUCACUUUGUCAACGAGCACAUUUUAAAUGUGAAUACCAAAAAUCAAUCUAA